AUGGAGGAAAUCUUGGUGAAUCUAACGGUUCGCCCUAAUACUCUUGAGCGGGCACUGGGGGAAGGCAUAGUGAUGAAACAGACCUGGUGCCACGAGCCAGAUAUGGGUGUGGUGCUCGCAGCAAACAUGAACUUCGAGACACCGAGCAUUGUCGAGAUUGAGAGUCAGAUUGCAGUGCUUGCGCUGAAAGCCCGCCAUAGCAGAUUGACCAUGGAGGACCUUCAGGGAGGCAACUUCUCCAUCAGCAACCCUAGCAUAUUUGGCUCUAUGUCCGGCACAACUAUCCGCAGGCAGCAGUCUUCAACAUGA